UAUAGCGAGGUGUAAAAAGGUCGCACUAAUUAUUUCAUAAGAUUCGACAAACAAAAUAAAUCCGUGAUAAAUAAUUGAUUUUGCACAUAAAAUUAGAAUUCACCAUGUUGCGAGCAUUAAAAUCACACGUGGAAGCCCCAAUAGUAAUUGUCACCCGUGCGGCAUCAACAAAUGCGGAAAAGCUUGAAGAGAUUCGUGAACGCCUUUCCAAGGGACCCAAUUUCCAGGACUUUGUCCAGAAUCCGGAAUACUCAAAAAGUGAAUGGGAAAACUACGAGGGAAAGCUGCGACGCGAAAAGGGCGAAGAGCAACGUCUGCGACUGCCGCCCUGGUUGAAAACCACGAUUCCUGUUGGCAAGAACUACGCCAAAAUCAAGGCACAGAUGAGGGAGCUCAAGCUGUCCACCGUCUGCGAGGAGGCACGGUGUCCCAAUAUCGGCGAGUGCUGGGGUGGCGGCGAGCAUGGAACGCAGACAGCCACGAUUAUGCUCAUGGGCGAUACUUGCACUCGAGGCUGUCGUUUCUGUUCGGUGAAGACGGCACGUAAACCACCACCGCUGGACGUCAAUGAACCCGUGAACACAGCUACGGCUAUUGCUUCCUGGGGUCUGGAUUACAUUGUCCUGACCUCAGUAGAUCGUGAUGAUUUGCCGGACGGCGGAUCAAAACAUAUAGCUGAAACUGUACGGGAAAUAAAAGCACGUAACUCAAACAUUUUUGUGGAGUGUCUGGUGCCAGAUUUCCGAGGUAAUCUUGAGUGCGUGGAGACGAUUGCCAACUGCGGCUUGGAUGUUUAUGCGCACAACAUUGAGACGGUGGAAAAACUGACACCCUAUGUGCGGGAUAGACGCGCUCACUACCGUCAAACUCUGCAGGUGCUAACCGAAGCAAAGAAAUUCAAUCCCAAUCUCAUUACAAAGAGUUCCAUUAUGCUGGGCCUCGGUGAAACAGAUCAGGAGAUUGAGAACACUUUGAAGGAUCUGCGAGAGGCUGGUGUGGAUUGUGUGACCUUGGGUCAGUACAUGCAACCGACGAAUAAACACCUUAAGGUUAUCGAAUAUGUUACGCCCGAGAAGUUCAAACACUGGGAAGAGCGCGGAAACGAACUAGGCUUCUUAUAUACGGCCAGUGGUCCUCUGGUUCGGAGCUCCUACAAAGCGGGCGAGUUCUUUAUCACGAGUAUAUUGGAAAACCGUAAAAAAAGGCAAAACGCUAAUGUAGCCCCAAAAGAGUAAAACCAUGAAAAAGCCUUUCUAAAUCGAACAUUUCUAGAAGCCUGGAUAUUUUAGUUCAGCUUAUUAUUCACAAAACCCUCGCUUGUUGUGCAAUGUAUAUAUUAGAAGACAAAUUAAUUAUUUUGAAAUAAAUUCGAAUUGUUGAUA